AUGCAAAUUAUGGAACAAGUACAACCUGCGGCAAUGCUGUAUGAAAUUGACAUUUCCUCUCUAUUGGCGGCUCAUUUAGCACAAGUGCCAAUCAUUGAGACAUUGUCAACUCCAAUUUUAGAGGGACGACAUUCUUCAUACAUGUCCUAUUUUCUCAAUGCUGUGGUGUCACAAUCGAAUGGUGUGUCACCUCCCACUCUCUAUCAUUGUUACGUAGCUCAUUCAUCCAUUCAAAAACCUUACACUCUUCUCAAUUACACACAUUUCAGCAAUUGGUACAAUGGUGACGAAUUGAGUGCCAUUAGUGAACUCACCAUGAGUCACGGAGGAGCCAACUCUGUCGUUCAAAGUCUCUACUUUGGAGUUCCCACCUUGGUCAACUCUGGAUACAUGUUUGAAAGAGCAUUCAAUGGAUACAGUGCUCAGAAAGUUGGUGGUGGAUUGUUAUUGGAUCCAGAAGAGUUUCGUCAUGAAAUCAUUUACGACAAAUUAUUUGCAAUGAAACCAUUUUGGAGCGAAUGA